AUGGGUGUGGAGGACUCUGCGCCGUUUGUGCUUCUAGAUCUAAAUCAUGCAACAUGUCUGGUAGGGGUAUAUUUCUUGGAUUUCCCGGAGAACGAGGAACAGGAGGAAGAAUUUCAGUAUCGGGGGAGGGAACUUCUUGCUGUUGAGAAGGAGGAAAAUGAAAAGAACGCUCAGUAUCUAGGAUUUCAGUCCUCUGUAUUUCGUGAUAGAGAGGGGGAGGAGAAUAAGAAGAAAGCUCAGUAUCUAGGAUUUGAGUUCUCUGUAUUUCAGGGUGGAGAGGAGGAGGAGGAGGAGAACACUCAAUAUUUGGGCGUGAACUCCAAUUUAUCUCAGGAGGAACAGGAUGAAGACAUUCAGUAUCGGGUUGUGGGGUCAUCUGCUGUUGAGGAGGAGGAGGAGGAGGAGGAGGAAGAAGAGAAUCCUCAAUAUGUGGACGUGAACUCCAUUUUAAUUUAG